AAUAAGUGAUAAAGAAGAUGAUCUUGAAGAUUCAUUUUUUGAUUCUAAUUGCGAAACCAGUGAUAAUAUAUCAAUUGGUUCUAGUAACGGGGCUGUUUCAACAGUUCAAAAAAAUCAACCUCGUGCAACAAAAAAAAGCAAAUUAGUGCACAGGCGAAAAUAUGCAAAAUUCAGUUGGGUAUGGAAAUACUUCGAAGUAAGCAAGGAUGGAAUACAUGAUGUUUGUAAAGUUGAAAUUCUUAAUUUAAGUGGUGAAAAAGUUAAAUGUGAACAUAAAUUUCUACAUAACGGCAGCACUGGGAAUAUGAGUAGUCAUCUUCAAGACAAACAUAAUCUAUAUGAAAAUAAAAAUCAA